AGAUAAGUUGGCUAUUGCAGAUGAGCGGAGCCUGAAAAGGCCCGCUCUAUUCAGGUUUGUACCUUCAAGUUUUUCUUUUUUUAAAAUUUAUUUUAACACGUGUUCUACAGUUUUCCGAUAAUUUCGGAAUCGACUUUAUAAAUUUCUAAAAUUAUCUAGGCAUGUGAAUAUUAGUAAUUUUGUUUUUAGUUAUUUUUGUGUCGAAUUUACGCACACAUAAAGAUUUUGUAGAUUUCCUAAAAGUUUUCGCUGAUUCUCAAACUUUCUCACAUUCCAGAGAUCUUAUGUAAUGACGUAGUUUCUAUAAAAAUGUUGCUAGCUUCACAAAUCUUUUAACGAAUAGUUUCUGCUAGUGUAUAAAAAUAACUGUAUUGGUACUCUGGUAAAAUUUUCGUGAAGUGCUAAAUGACUAGAAUCUGUUUAACUUCAACCGGAAAAGCUCAUUGGGCUGACAAAUGGUUGCCAUUUUUUCAAACAGAUUUCUCACGAGAACAAGAACCAUACUUAAAAAUGGCUCGAGGAAGAUCUUCAAGUUUUAGUUAUGCUCAUCACUAUUAUAGUCCUGGGACUGGAUUUGCCGACUCAUUAAUCGAUUCUUCUCCGGUGGUCCGUAGAAAGUUUGUUAUUGAUGACGAUGAUGACGGAGAUAUAGCGCCCGGAUACUUUCCUGUUUCACGAAGAGCUGCAAGAAUAACUCAUGCAGGCGUGGAUGAUAUGGAAACCGAACACAUUUCUUCAAGAAGACAAGAUCAAAGACUAUUGAAUGAUAUAACGAAUAAAAUGUAUAAAAUAGAACUCGAAGGUAUAAGGCCAGGCUACAAUGCUUGGACUCAAAGUGGUCGAAGAUUUCCGAAGUUUUUGAAGAAACAGAAAAUUUCAAAUCGGGGUAACGAAAAUGCAACUAUGGAACGGCCAAUAAUUCCUAAAAGAAAAAUAAAAAGAGUGGAGACAGAAGAAAUCGCUCCACCAACUCUCGAAGAGCGAUUGCUGAUGCUAAAAGCAAGGGCAAAUUUACUGCCAAGAUCAUAUGUAACGGAAUUGAACUACGUCGAACAACCUUUCCAACGACCAAUUUCAUCCUACGUGCCCUACACCCCGAUAGAUAGAAGAGUCAAUGAAAACCGAUCAAAGGUUUCGGGUUAUGAAGAUCUUUUAGAUGACAGUAGCGGACGACGUUUGCGCGGUGGUGGAGGUGAGAUUUUCAAUAGAUAA